AUGACAACUUUAGCAGAUAUGCCACCUCCUUCGACAGCGGAGAUAAAGGAGGAGCCGAAACAGUUGACGCAGCAGCAGCACCGCAGGAGGAAAAGACCAAGUAUGGUUUGCGUGAAUUGUAAAAAGAGGAAAAUUAAAUGUGAUCGACAAUUACCGUGUUCCAACUGUUUGAAAGCAAGGGGCAACAUUCGAUGCUCUUAUGAUGAAGAAGGAUACAACGACUUGGCACUGCAAUCUGGCCCAGGACCACAAUAUCAGCCAUACGAGCAAAGUGCCAAACAGCCAUUGCAAUUUAUCAACGCUGCAUCUCCUAGUAGUGCGCCUAAUUCAUCUUCUCCAGCGAGCAGAAAGAGAAGCAACACAAGUCAAGAAGAGAAUGGCACCAAAAAGUUGAAAGAUUCAGACCAGCUUUCGAAAUCACUACUUGAAAUCAAAAUGUUGAAAGAGAGAUUGGAGUCAAUCGAGAACAAUCUCCACCGAAAUGAUCAGGAUAAUAGUAGCAGCAACAGCAAUUCUCCAAGCAAUUUUGCGCCAAGUAGCAACAGUUUCAAAUUUCCCCAAGCUAUGCCCUUUUCAGUUCCGUCACCUGUGUUGCCUCGUCCGACGGCUCAGACCCCGUUGUCUACUAUUUACAACUUGUCAAACACCAGAACCCCUUCGGGGAUACAGCUACCAUCUUUGAGAGACCAUAUGCCACCACAUGAGUCUCCAAUGGGGAGCUCAAUCACAAGCCAGCUGGCUGCGUCUAUAUCCACUUCCCCAAACUAUGUUCCACGCGAGUCGAGAGCCAAUCUACUGGGUGUCAAUCCGUACUUGAAUGAAAUGGAGACCAUAAACUUUUACGACCACUACUCCUCGGUGUGCAUCAAAGACCAUAUGAGAAUGAAUUUUGGACCAUUUGCAUGGGCCUCUAUGAUGAAAAGAGACGAAGGGUUGACUGCCCUUUGGAAUUUUAUAAGCAAACAAAAGGAAAGUUCGCAGAACUUUGUGGUUUGCCCGGUGAGUAACCAAUCGGCCCAGGAAAAUGCCCAAGUUGUAGUCAGUGACAACAACGAAUCGGAUAUGAAGUUCCGCAAGCGGAUGUUGGAAACGAAUGGGUACAAUGAUGUUGUUCCUUACAAUUUCUUGAAAUCGAAGAUGAAGUCAAAGCCUAAUAAAGAGACGUUGCAAUUGGAACUCACUUUGUUUGACAAUCAACUUGGUUGUGAGUUGCUUUUAAUUGACAGGAUUCGAAGAACUCUUCCUAGCAAAAAAGUGGUUUGGAAAUUGAUUGAUCGGUUCUUUGAAUGGUGUUAUCCAUUUAUGCCCUUUUUGGAUGAAGAGGAGUUUAUUGAUUGGACAGAAAAGAUUGUUGGGCCUCGUUCGUAUGAAGAUGUUCCAAUCACAGAUUUGAAGAUUGAGAAAAGGUUGGAUUUGGCUUUGGUGGGGAUCUUGUUGAUAGCGAUGAGGUUGUCCUAUUUGUCUCUUUUCUCAAACAAGGCACUGGAAAACGACGAGAGACUAAACACCACCGACCCUAGUCCAAAAGCUCAAGACACAAAGUACCUAAUGCAAAACCCGAUUGGUAUUGAGAUUAUUGAAAUUGCCCGAUACUGUUUUUAUCAGUUUGACGUUUUGAGAAGAGCCAGUUUACCGUUGAUUCAGUUGGCAUUGUUUAUGAGAAUUUAUUACAUGUUUGCGCCUGAAGACGGGGAUGAUGGUGAUGGGGCGGACUCCAAUGGUCUUUAUGCGUUGGUUGUUCAAAUGGCUUACUCAUUAGGACUCAAUCGUGAGCCCAAAAAUUUCCCAGAUGUGUUACCCGAUGAGAGAAAGAAUCACAUUGGUAGGAAAAUAUGGCAUCUUGUCGUCAUGUCCGAUCUCUACCAAGCUUAUACAUACGGAAGCCCAAUGCUCAUCAGUCCUGAUAGUUAUGAUACCGAGUUUCCUUAUUCAACUGAGGACAACUCUAACUUGAAGAAUAAAGAGUUGGACAAGUAUAUAACAGGCUUGUUCUUUGCGAAGGACAAUGGGAUGCAGAAUGUUUUGAGGCAGAUUUUGAAUAAAAUUGUCAGCUUGACGGGAAGGACAAAGCUCAGUGAGUUGACAAACUUGAUCAGUGAGCUAGAGGUGAGAAUGGGACAACUGUAUGGCUCGUUGAAGGAGUGUUUACAAGCUAAUACAAAUAUUACCCAUGUUUUUGCAAGGAAUUUCCCCGCCAAACACUACAUUUCCAUGAAGUCAUUUCUUGUCUCGACAUUUUAUCACAUCUUCCUCUACUACGAGAACAAGGAUGUGCAACUCACUUACUUUUAUCUCAAAAAAAUCGUGCAAAUUGCCGCUAUAGAUUUGAUGCCACAUUACUUUGAGUUGAUGGGUAACAGCGCUGUUAUUUGCGAUAUGUUUAUCAAUCCAAAGUUGCAACACAUUAUUCACAAAUUGAAUCAGCUCAAUAUUGCCGUGAUUAUAAGAGUCAACAUGACCAUAUACAGGUUACGGUCUCAGCCUGAUCACCAAUCAAAGUGCAUAUCUGAUAAUGCAUAUUAUGAGUAUUAUAGAGAGUUGUGCAAGUUCUCCUCGUGUUUGACUAGAUCUGCCGAAGUCUCAAUUGCGGCAGUAUCGAAAUUGAGUUCGAGAUAUUUUUAUGCUUGGAAGUUGACAAAGAGUCAUUCGUAUUUCUUGAAAGUGGUCACGUCAAUGGACUUUUACAAUGAUGAACUAGUCAAAGCUAAUCCAAAAGUAAGACUUCCUGAUUUUUCCACUGCGCAAAUUAGUGAGUUGGUCAAUUUAUGUGAGGGUACAUUGCGCAAGUUGGGUAAAGUUGAUUUGAUGGGUAAGGAAUUCUGCGACUAUGUCACUUGUAAGCAGGCUUAUGGUCAUGAUGUGUCAUCUGCAUCGUCAACGUCAAGAGACACGGGUAAUUUAUCUACUCCAACGAGUGAUACUUCAGUUGGUGAGUUCACCAAAGAAUUUGGCUUGGAUUAUCUCAAUAGUCAGGAUAUCGAUCGAAUUUGGUUGCAAAUGUUGUCACAAAAUCAACAACAACAGAAUCAGCAGGUUAAUUAUGGAGGAACCCCUCAACCUCAGCAACAGCAAGCGUAUAACCAAAACUAUCAAGCGCUGCAAGUGCCUCCACAACAACAACAACAACAGCAACAGCAACAGCAACAGCAACAGCAACAGCAACAACAACAGCAACAACAGCAACAACAGCAACAGCAACAAUCUGUUGGAAACCUAGGCUCAUACUUGCCGCCACAACGAGGAUAUGGAAUGUCGCCGACGCCAUUCUGGCAAGGUGGAGCGACUUUCAACCCACUGGAUGUUCCCGUCACGCCUGGUUUCGUGUCGACGGGGGCAUUGGACGAUAUCAAUCUGUUUGAUUUUUUCAACGAUCUACCCCUCGACCAAGUGUUUUCUAAUUGA